AUGGCCCUUCUUCUCCAUUCCGACAUAAAUGCUCUCCACAAGGCAAGCAAGGCCAAAUUGAUCCAUAUGAAGAUUCAGCGUGAGAGGCGUGAGAGUGAGAAGAACUAUGAAUAUGACUUUUCAGGAUUGCAGUACCCAGGAGAGACAGAUGGAUCUGGGCUACCGUUGAUCCCUUCACCUAGUCUUUUCAGUUCUCUACAUUCAACAACAGCCGAUAGCCCAUGGUUAGUUGAGCACGGUAUACCCACAGUGGCGCAUUGUGCUACGCAUCUGGAGCUUCUCGAGGUAUUCUUUGCAUUACGCAAUAAAAUUAUAAAUUCCGAACAAUUGGACAAUACUUUCGGAGUGAAAGUGGUGGCGAAAAUUGUGUACAGAAGGAAAUACGAUUCUACGACAAAAGGAUACGUCUCUCGACGAACCACAUUGCGAGAUGAUUCAAUCAAAUUUAGAAGAAGGGAGAAAUGGUCCUAUUACCUGUCCAUUGCUGUCGAACGUUUCAAAUUUUGGAUUGAGAAAGCCGACAAAGCUAUGUUUGAAGAGUGGCGCUCAUCAUCCAAAAAACCCGCCCUACCAUGUUUACCUCCAUUGGAUGUGCUUAUGGUUUGGCACGCUUUUCUACUUAACCCUAUAGACUUUGAUUCUUACUGCGGAGAUCAUAGCCUCUACGCAAUUCGCCAGAUACAGUUUCCGUGGGUGCAAAUUCACAAUUCCAUAGAUACAGAUGAAUGGACGUACGAGGUUCCUCUGGGGGCAAACGAUUGGACCACCAAGGUCGCGAACAUGGAGCCAGAUCUUUUUGUUUAUCUCCAACAGACCGGCGCAAUACCAAAAUCCAUAUCUAGGACAUUGAGAAAAUAUGGCGACAGCAAUGUACCUAUCGGGAGUAUGUGGGACUACUUAAGAGGCUUUGGCCUGAGUCGGAGAGAGGAAAUUUUUCUCGAUCUUUUACUCAAUAUUCAAAUGAAAGAUAAAACAAGCGAGCGUUUGAUAGGUAAUGUCCUGCGCCAAGCUUCUUUUGUGGACAAGAUGCACGAUCAUCUGUGGAUCUGCAGCCCGGCUGCUGAGGGAACUCUUUAUCGCGCAAUCGCCCGAUACCAUAAGUUUCUCAAGCUCUUCCAGCUCUACCCUGGGAAUAUCCUGGUACCGACUCUCGACAUCGAUCUUGUUUGGCAUACACACCAAUGUUCUGCCGCGUUUUACGAAAACUCGAUGCGGGAACGUACAGGCCGCUAUAUUGACCAUGACGACAAGAUCGGGAAGACAGCGCUAGAUAGUGGAAUAGAUGAAACGCAGAAAUUAUUCCGCCUUCGGUUCGGCCAGGAAUACUCGCUCUGCUUAUGUUGGGACUGUGAAAUGACAUUGACGAUGUUAGAGAAACUCGAGAAAAACUCGGCCCUUUUCCAAACUGACAGCAUCGGGUCUAUCGUGGAGCAUGGGUAG